AUGGUGAUCCUGGGACUAUGUUGGCUGCUCAUGUGCCUCAUCCUCACAGAUGCACGCACCACCAAAUCCCAGGCGAUCCAGCUGACUGGGAUGGUGGGAGGGUCGGUAGUUUUCCCUUUCAAAGUUCCCCCGUGGGUACCCGUGGAGACGAUCGUCUGGAAUUCGGUCACAACCCUCGCCACGUUUACCCCCAGGAAAGGGAAACCAGCUGCAGUUAAAGUGCUGGAUAAACGCUACAUAGGGCGGUUGAGGGUCUUGGACCAUACCUAUUCUCUGGUGAUUAGCAACCUGAGCAUGCUGGACAGGGGCAUAUACAGAGCGCAGAUAAACACGGAGUUCACCACCACCGUGACGGAAUACCUGCUGCGUGUAUACAAGAAAAUCCCGGUCCCAGACGUUGACGUUGCCAUCCUGAAUGGAACCUGCAACCUCCUGCUAAACUGCUCUGUCGCCGAGGGAGCGGAAAGCACCACCUUCCUCUGGACGUACACCCGCAGGAGGAUCAUCCAGAUCAAGGAAGGACCCACCCUGCGCAUCUUGAGCCGGCCAAGAGCUAAAGACAUGGUGCACACCUGCCUGGCGAGGAACCCCGUCAGCCAGGGCUCAAAAACGAUCUCCAUAGAAGACUACUGUGGUAACUUCCUAUCGAAGCAUCUCUAG